CUUGGGAUUAUUGGAGGAUCCAACCUCGGACCAUCACAUGUCUGUCUCAGCUCCGUCGCUUUCAAUCGUCACCAAUGACGGAGUUUCGAGCUAUCCCAGCUAUCCCAGCUCUUCCGUCUUUUCUCCUCUGCCUCAAUUACCUUUCAAAGACAUGCCGGUGACAUCUGACUUUCCACUAGAUCUUCGAACGACUUUAACAUUCCUCUCUUCGUCCCACUUGUUCUAAAUAGUCCUUGUCAAUGGCAUUCGUAGUAAACCAUUAUUUACAGGCCAGUCCUAUUUGAUGUCAUGCCGCCAUGGCGGUUCAAUCCACCCUUCGUCAUUCGGCAUCCGAAGACAUCCUCGUCGCCUUUCUCGACAAAUAUACCAAUCUGAUUCGAGAUCGAUUACGAAGUACCUCUAAACGUACCAAACUCCUCGCAACACUUGCUCUCGCCGCAUCCAUAAUACUCGGCGCAGAAGGCAGCCGGAGAUGGUGGAAGCGAAGGAUGCAAGAAAAAGAACAAGGCCGGAAGCUUUUGCGCACGAAUUCCUGGUUGUUCAAUAAGGAUGGAUCGCGAACCAUAUACGUCCCAUACAAAGAUGGAACGUCCAAAGUGGUCAUUCAUAGAACGAAACCUCUAACCUUCGAAGCGCAUCGCCGACUCUUCCUCAACCCACCCAAAGUUUCGGGACUUGGCGAUGGCACUGUGCCCUCAGCGCAAACCAAACCUGGCCUGAAUCUUGCCUUCCUACAUCAAUUUCUAAGCUUAAUGAGCAUCAUGAUACCCAGAUGGACCAGUAAAGAAGCGGGAUUGUUAGUCAGUCACAGCGCGUUUUUGAUGCUUCGUACCUAUCUUUCGCUAGUAGUCGCACGUCUAGACGGUGAGAUUGUUCGAGAUUUAGUCGCAGGCAAUGGAAAAUUAUUUCUCUGGGGUUUACUUAAGUGGUGUGGACUUGGUGGCUUCGCUUCUUACACCAACUCUAUGAUUAAAUUCCUAGAGUCCAAAGUGUCCAUUGCCUUCAGAACUCGGCUAACGAGGUAUAUCCAUGAUUUAUACCUCAACGACAACCUCAACUACUAUAAACUGUCGAACUUAGAUGGCGGAGUUGGACAAGGAGCAGACCAAUUUAUUACUCAGGAUCUAACUCUAUUCUGUGCCUCUGCUGCUAAUCUAUACUCCUCCCUGGGGAAGCCAUUCGUCGAUCUUUGCGUGUUCAAUUAUCAACUAUAUCGCUCUUUAGGUCCCCUUGCGUUAACUGGGCUGAUGAGCAACUACUUCCUAACGGCAAGUAUUUUGCGAAAAAUGUCGCCACCUUUCGGCAAAUUGAAGGCAGUUGAGGGACGCAAAGAGGGGGAUUUCAGAAGCCUUCAUGCCCGUUUAAUCGCAAAUGCCGAAGAGGUUGCUUUCUAUGGCGGCGCCGAAAUGGAAAAGACGUUCUUGAACAAGGAAUUUAAAUCCCUUAAGAGUUGGAUGGAAGGAAUCUAUUUGCUCAAAAUCCGUUAUAAUAUCCUUGAGGAUUUCAUCUUGAAGUAUAGUUGGAGCGCUUAUGGUUACCUCUUGUCAUCCUUACCCGUCUUCCUCCCAGCUUGGGGCGGUCUAGGCGGUGCGAUGGAGAUGGUUGAGAGCGCUGAAAAAGGUGGCCGAGAACGCAACCGGAUGAAGGACUUCAUCACCAAUAAACGACUCAUGCUUUCGCUUGCGGAUGCUGGUGGACGUAUGAUGUAUUCGAUCAAGGAUCUAUCUGAACUAGCAGGCUACACUAGUCGUGUUUACACACUCAUCUCAACCCUACAUCGUGUUCACGCCAACUCAUACUUCCCACGACCAAGCGGAAACGAAUUGUACUCGCUCUCCGAUGUUCAGGGAACUAUCCAGAAAGGCUUUGAUGGUGUACGAUUCGAGCACGUGCCUAUCGUUGCACCCGGAUUAUGGCCUCAAGGUGGUGAGGAAUUGCUGGACUCUUUGUCUAUGAUCGUCCGCCGCGGAGAGCAUCUGUUGAUCUCUGGACCUAACGGCGUUGGGAAGACUGCUAUCUCAAGAGUACUUGCUGGGCUUUGGCCUGUCUACCGUGGCUUAGUCAGUCGCCCCAAGUCUAUUGGACAGGACGGUAUUAUGUUCUUACCUCAAAGACCAUAUUUGAGCGUCGGUACACUACGCGACCAGGUUAUCUACCCAGAUGGCGAGGUAGAUAUGCGUCUCAAGCGUAAGAACGAGGAGGAAUUAAAGCAUGUUCUCGAUGCAGCCAAACUUGGUUACCUGCCUGACCGUGAAGGUGGAUGGGACACUCGGAAGGAGUGGAAGGACGUCUUGAGCGGCGGUGAAAAGCAGAGGGUUGGUAUUGCACGUCUGUUAUACCAUGAACCUCAGUACGCCGUUAUCGACGAAGGCACAAGUGCUGUCUCAAGCGACGUUGAAGGCCUUUUGUACGAGACGUGCAAAGAAAGGGGAAUAACCUUGAUCACCAUCUCAACGCGCGCUUCUCUCAAGAAAUAUCAUACGUUCAAUCUUAGUCUCGGAGGAGGCGACAACGGCGAUGAAUGGGCGUUCGAGCGCAUCGGAACCGAAAGGGAAAAGAUGCAGGUCGAGAAGGAAUUGCAGGAACUCCACGAACGCCUCUCCCAGGUCGAGCAAUGGAAACAGCGCCGCGAAGAAAUUGAAAAGGAGUUGGCUCAAGUUUGGGUUGAAGGUGAUGCCACCUUGGAACCGCCUCCUUAUGUGGACGCUGUUGAAACUCAGGGGUGAGAGUCAAGAACGGCCUACUAGGGCUGUAGCUUGAGUGUAUAAUUGCCAUGUACGAGUACUAUGUAGACAAGGCAAUACUAGAAUAUUGAUUGAUGUUAUCAUCAUUAUCACUAUAACUCUUGUUAUUAAGCAACAUGAGGUAGAUGAACUAGGUAGAUAGACCUCUAAGAGCCGUUUCGUAUAGAUGACAAUUUCUUAGACAUUUCGUUCAUAAGGCCGCCAA